CUUCCACUGCUCUGCUUUGUGUAAUCCUGUUUGCUGUAUUCCCAGUGAAACUUCAAUGGAAUUAAGCUUCAUAGAUGUAAAAAGAGAGCUUGCCACAUGGCUGGUACACAUGGAUAGACAUCCUGUACAUCGUAGAUAAUCUUCUGAAAGAAUGUUGUCAGUUUGUUGACUGUGUCACAGACUCCAGGCAGAUGGAAUGAUGAACACAUUUAAACUUAAUACUUCAACUCCUUGUUCUGUUUCAUCUUGGCUCUUGAGGCUUAGCGUCUUCCUGGUACUCAGCCUUCCUGACUCCAAAGGAAAAGCAAUAUGGACAGCUCAUCUGAACAUAACAUUCCAGGCGGGAAAUCGGAUUAUAUCAGAAUUAGGAGAAAGCGGAGUGUUCGGGAAUCAUUCUCCUUUGCAAAGAGUAUCUGGUGCCGUGGUACUUCCUGAAGGUUGGAAUCAGGAUGCUUGUAAUCCAUUGACCAAUUUCAGCAGACCUGAAGGAGCAGACUCUUGGCUGGCCCUCAUUGAACGAGGAGGUUGUACUUUUACACAUAAAAUCAAUGUGGCAACAGAGAAGGGAGCAAGUGGGGUGAUCAUUUAUAACUAUCCAGGUACUGGCAACAAAGUAUUUCCUAUGUCUCACCGGAGAACAGAAAAUAUAGUGGCAGUGAUGAUAGGCAACUUAAAAGGGAUGGAACUAUGGCACUUGAUUCAGAAAGGAGUUUAUGUGACCAUCAUCAUUGAAGUUGGGAGAAUCCACAUGCCCUGGGUGAGCCAGUAUGUUAUGUUUUUCUUUACCUUCCUAUCAGCCACAGUUGCUUACAUCUUGUACUGUGCCUGGAGAUCCAGCAUGCCCAAUUCUUUCACCAGGAGACGAAGACAGGUAAAGGCUGAUGUGAAAAAAGCUAUUGGUCAGCUUCAGCUUCGAGUGCUCAAAGAAGGGGAUAAAGAGCUAGAUCCAGAUGAGGACAAUUGUGUUGUUUGUUUUGACACAUACAAACCACAAGAUGUAGUACGUAUUUUAACUUGCAAACAUUUUUUCCAUAAGACAUGCAUUGACCCCUGGCUUUUAGCCCAUAGGACAUGCCCCAUGUGCAAGUGUGAAAUUCUGAAAACUUAAUCACAGAGAACCUUCUGAAGAUGUAGCCAAACCUUUCUAAAGACUGAGAUUAGAUGAAUUCUCUUAUGGACAGAAAGUGUCAUAUAAGUUUCUCUACCCAAGAACUAAAGAAGAUGAAUUUCUGCUUUGUAAAAAUAAAACUCCAUUUCA